AUGGCUACUCGUCAGAAAAGAACAGCUUCUGUUGAAGAAGAUAAUGACGUCACGUCUCUGUACAAAAAUGCUAAGAAUGGAGAUUCCAAUGGGAAGACGAAGCCGGUGAAGAGAAGAAAUCGGGUUACUCUUGUUUGUAAUGUUUGCAAAUUUCGUAAGGUUCGUUGUGAUCGUAAACAACCCCAUUGCACAUCUUGUGUUAAAUACAAUGCUAGUCACUUAUGCGAAUAUAAUGGUCAAGUUUGGAGUGAAAAGGAAGCUUUGGAAAAACUUUCUACGAUAAAGCCUUCGGUCCUUCCGAAUCAAAAUUUGGCUCCUGAAGAAUCUUCUGAACCUAAAGAAAUAUCUGAAGUGGACAGCUUACGGAAACGAGUGAAAGAAUUGGAAUCCUAUAUACUUUUCCAAAAUCAAUUUGAAGCUAAAAGUACGAUUCCAUUUCCAACAAAAUUUACCGAUUUAAUAUCUGGUUUCCAAUCACUUGAUUCUAUUCAUGGAAUAAACCCCAUCCAAGACAACAAUGAUUUGAUAGAUUUAUACAAUUACAACUCCAUAGCUUCUGAUCUUAAUGCGAUGGAAUGUGUCAAUCAUGGUCCUUUUAGCAGGUAUGCUAUCAGACAAAAGGAUUUGAAUUCUAAGAAUAUUUGGAACUUUAUGUAUGAAGGGAUACGGGGUAAAAAUAAAGUAUAUACCAAAGAUGGAGUCACUCAGUUGGAAGGGAAGAGCAAUCCUUACUCUUUAAUUCAGAGAAUAAAGGAAUACUCUGUCAAUAAGUUCGACCCCCAGAAUUAUAGUCGCAAGUCAUCUAGUCUCCCACUUGGUCUAACAUAUAAUGAUCCCACCAAAAACAUAGCAGACAGUCGAGAAGAGAGAAUUAAGUCUAUAUUACCUCUGCAGAAUAUAAUUGAUUUCCACAUCGAUAAUUUCUUCGACUUUUUAUAUCCGUUUUUUCCAUAUAUAUCUGAACCCGACUUUAGGAAGCAAAUAUCCAGAAUAUUGAGAACAAAAUCGACUCUUAACAUCGAAAGUAAAAAUGAUUAUGCUAUAUUAGGACUACUAUGUAUUGUUAUGCGCUUGAGUUACUUGUCUAUGAUUACAAAUAAUAUGGAGAUUAAUGAAAAUAAUGUUGCCGAGAGCAGUACUAGUGAAAUCAAAAAAUUAUUACUACAUCCAAUAGGAAUUGAGUUCAUCGAUACUGCAAGAGAUUGUUUAAAUGAAUUUCAAUUGUUCCAUAGAACUAACUUAUUUGUCCUACAGCUUGCCAUUUUCAUUAAAAUUUAUAUGACAUGUGCACCUGAAGAACCAGAAGGAAUAAUAAGAAAUCAAUUUCAAAUAUACAAUGGUGUCUUGGUAGAAAUGGGAUACUCAAUGGGAUUAAAUAGAGACUACUUUCAUGACAAUCCUUCCAAGAUCAACCUUAGAAGAAAGAUAUGGAUGUACUUACGGACCGUCGACACUACCCAGUCAAUGUUGUAUGGAAAUCCAUAUAUAACAAGUGAUAGAUUUACAGAUGCAGAAGUUCCAAGCAGUUCUGGUGGAAUGGAAGAUUAUGUUGUAAAAGCUAUGGAACCAUUAUCAAAACUUUUAAAUCACAUUCAAGAUAUUCUAAGGUUGGUUUUGUAUGUGAAGAAGGGAAUUUCCGUUGUACAACUUGUUGAAAAAUUGAAUAUUUUAGAAACCUAUCUAUUUACGGAAUAUGGUACCAUCCAAACUUUUUUUGAUGCAUAUAUGGAAAAGUCCUUUAGCGACAAUUUUUCAAAGACUUUACAGCUAAAUGUCUUCAUACCAGUUAAGUUCUUUCUUAUGGCUCUUCAUAAUGAACUAUUUUUAUACUAUGAAAAUAAACAAAACUUGGGAAUAGUGUUUUUUUAUGUGAAAAAAAUUCUAGCUGGGAUAGUUGAAGAAGUACUACCUUAUACUCUUGAAUUUCUUGAACAGCCCAAUUUCUAUUUCAAAUAUGCUUCUCAGCUACUGUUAAAUCCUUCCUUUCAACUUUUUCUUCAUAGAGUAAAUACGAUGCUUUUUUCGCUUAUUAAUAGAACUGGUUUUUCAAUCGAAGGAUUGCAUAUAGAAGAUCCUAAAUAUGAAAAGUACAAACUUUUGAAAAAGUAUUUGGUUCGAUGUCUGAAGCUAACAAUUAUUGGAAUAUUGAAACUCAGCCAUCGUCAAUGUUCAGCUUGGAGAACUGGGAACUCGCAUACGUUUAUCCUAGAGAAUAUAUCCAGUGACGAUUAUUAUAAGGAAUCAAACGAAAGUUCCGAUGUGAGAGUAUUUGAUUUCACAGAAAAUCAACUCGAUGAUUUGAUUAACUAUAUUGAAAGAUUGUUUCCUAAGUUAGAUAUGCCAAAAUUGGCUGCUGCAUGGAAGUCAAUCCAUGGAGCUGUGGAUCCUGCAAGAUCAAGGUUCUUUGAUAACAAACCAAACGAUAUUAAGGAAGAUCAAAAUUCGAAUAAUUCUCCUACAAGCCCAAACGACAACGAUUUAUGGCAUUCGAGGGAAAAUUGGCAGGCUUCUUCAUUCUUACAGCAAGAUUUCACCAAUGUAAUGGAAUCAUUGUUUCAUGUAGAUGACCCACUUUUUUAUUGGAUGAAUGAAGAUAUAAAUAACCAGCCUUUUGAAUUCAAUACUACAAGCCAAAAAAUUUAG